AUCACGUGACUUAGACCCACCUCCCUCCAAGUCCGCCCUCGUGUUGCCGUGACAACUAGAUUCUAGGCACACUCUUCUAAGGCCCAUGCGGUUUCUCGUCAAGGGGAGUGUGGCUGGGGGAGUGGUCUAUUUGGUGUAUGACCAGGAGCUGCUGGGACCCGGCAGCAAGAGCCAGGCGGUCCUUCAGAAGGCGGAGAAGGUGGUCCCCCCUGCCAUAUACCAGUUCAGCCAGUACGUGAGUGAGCAGACGGGCCUGAAGAUACCCCAGCUCCCAGCCCCUCCAAAGUUUAACUUUCACAUCCGUGAGUCCUGGAAUUCAGGCAUUAUUACCAUGAUGUCGGCCUUGUCGGUGGCCCCUUCCAAGGCCUGUGAAUACACCAAGGAUGGCUGGGAAUACCUGAAGGAACGAAUCAAGUAGCCUCUCAGAGGAGGCUGCCUCCCCUGUCAGGAACAGGGGUUAGGGGUGCCCUGGACUUCAAGCCUCCAGGGUGGGACCCCACUCCAAGGCAGCUCCUGGCUUAACUGGCCCAAUAAAGGACUUUGGAAGUGUU